UUUCGAUGCGUUCUUUCUCUACGAUCGCUUACGGAGCUUCUUCCCUCCAUCACUCGAACAGUCAGUUUCUGUUGUUCAAGUUAGAAUGACUUUCAUCAUAACGAUCGCCCUUUUGCUACUGCAGUUCACCAAUGGUGAACCAUCGAAUAAAUUUGAAGCAACUAGGGGUUGUCUGCAGUACAAUACAAAAGAUGGAUAUGAGCACCAGCAUCCAUAUUUUCCGACAAGUAAUUUCCAGCACGUAAAAACCAACGAGAACGAUGUGAAGCUAAUGCGUUUUGGUGUUCUCGGGAACAACGAUGGCCACCUUCGGUGGUCGCCAACCAUGUAUCCAUACGAUAAAACCGGAAUGAACGAGAUUGUUCUAUCCGGAUGGUCCAACACAAAAACCGUAGCCCGGCGCUACACGCGAAUUUCGCCACAGAAGUUCAUCGAUCUGAACGUGCUGAAGGAACAGUCCAGCAUCGGUAUGCUGUCCGUGUUCGAACCAUUCAUGUUCACAAUGGCAGUGAGUCCCAACGGACUGGUACAACUCACCAAGGAUGGUGAUUCACAUCCGUUUCUUGAAUUCCGUGAUCGAGAAUUUUCAACGAAAUAUGUUGGAUUUUGCAAUUGGGACGUUCCACUGGUGUACUUCUACGAUUGCCCACUGGAGCUGGAUCAGAGAGCAUGUAGUGGAAUUGUGCUUAGUAAAUGAAGUGGCUCUGGCUUGGAAAAAAAAUAGCUAUACAAUAAAAGUUUUCUGAAUGACA